AUGUCGCCAACCCAGAGUACUACUACACCUGCCACUAAGCCCGUUGUGGCUUCCAUACCAUACUAUAGCGGACCCUUCAAUCCACCAGAUACUAUCUCUGCUGUCAGUACGAAGCGUUAUUGUGACUGGAGGUCGGUCAACGUUAAUGAUGUCCGAUCCUCUACAAAGGACUUUACUUUGGACAAGAACGGUUUCCAAUAUGUGAAACAUUCUUCGGCCCUCAGUAGCCCGCCUCACACUCUUGCAUCGUGGAAGGAUAAUGAGACCCGUAAACGGGUCAAUGAUGCGGAGAUUCUUGAGCUUGGAAAGGCUGUGACAGGCGCCAAAAAGGUCUUGGUUGUAUUAGCUACUGGCCGUGACGCUGCGUUCACCGAUCCCCUAGACCAGACGUCACGCCCAGACGUCUAUGGCAAUCAAACCGAUACUCUUCCAGCUACAAGACAACUGGGUUUCUAUGGUGGCGCGAACAUUGGUCCUGCACGCAAGCCCCACGUCGAUUGGGGUCCUGAUGGUGUACGUAGCAUACUCCGAAAUUGGAGUCACGAGCUCGCAGACGAAGCCAAAGACAUUAUCGACGCAGAAGAUCAGGCAAUUUCCCUUCCCGGGGGCAUUCAAGAGAACUACAAGGGAAGGCGCUGGGGUCUCUAUAACACUUGGCGGCCCCUCAAGCCUGUGCGACGAGAUCCUCUCGCAUGUGUGGACUUCGUCUCCUCCAAGAAUGACAAAAGCGCGAUCCUCUUGCGCAAAAUUCCCGGGAUCCACGGUCCAUGCACGGUUGAUGCACUGUUUACUCCUGCCAAUCCCAAGCAUGAAUGGUACUGGCUGAGUGAUCAACAGCCCGAUGAUAUUCUAUUCAUGAAGAUAUUUGACUCUGCACACGAGAGAGACCCGAACACUAUUGCUGGAGGUGUGCAUCAUUGCUCUUUUCACCAUCCUAGUACUGAGGACGAAGAAGUUCGAGAAAGCCUGGAAACCAAGUUUAUGGCCUUUUGGUAA